GUGCUGCGCUGGCAUUAUCGGAGGGGCUGAUACAUUCAACCGAGGGUUCAAAAUGAGAACUAGUCCAACCAUCGUGACCUUUCCACCAUGUCAGAACCCAUCACACUCAAUGUUGGUGGAAAGCUCUAUACCACCUCUCUGUCCACCCUGACUAGCUUUCCAGACUCCAUGCUGGGGGCCAUGUUUAGUGGGAAGAUCCCAACCAAGAAGGACAGCCAAGGCAACUGCUUCAUCGACAGAGACGGCAAAAUCUUCCGCUAUAUCCUGAACUUCUUACGGACUUCUCACUUGGACCUCCCUGAAGACUUCCAGGAGAUGGGCUUGCUUCGGCGGGAGGUAGACUUUUAUCAAAUUCAGCCCCUGAUUGAAGCCUUGCAGGAGAAGGAGGUGGAGCUUUCUAAAGCAGAGAAGAAUGCCAUGCUCAACAUCACCCUGGAUCAGAAGACCCAAACUGUUCACUUCACCGUCCGAGAAGCGCCCCAGAUCUACAGCCUGUCUUCCUCCAACAUGGAAGUGUUCAGUGCUCAUAUCUUCUCCACGUCAUGUCUGUUCCUGAAGCUUCUUGGCUCCAAACUUUACUAUUGCUUCAAUGGAAACCUCUCUUCAAUAUCCAGCUACCUGCAGGACCCCAACCAUUUGACUUUGGAUUGGGUUGCAAGUGUGGAAGGCCUUCCUGAAGAGGAGUACACCCGGCAGAACUUAAAGAGACUCUGGGUGGUGCCAGAUAAUAAGCAAAUCAAUAGUUUCCAGGUGUUUGUGGAAGAAGUGCUAAAAAUAGCCAUGAGUGAUGGUUUCUGCAUAGAUUCUUCUCAUCCACAUACUUCAGAUUUCAUGAAUAAUAAGAUUAUUCGCCUAAUUCGGUACAAAUAGGAUGGAUGUUAAUUCUGGUGCCAGCAUGGAGAUAACACAGGUUAAGUGUUUCCCUUUAAAACACACUUACAGCCUAAUUCAGAAUCAUGCUUAUCUGGAUUAAGAGUCACUAACAGGGAGAUGAUUUUCCUUUAAUGUAUUUACCAAUACAGCCUUUGGGAAUACGUCUAUAUUCUAGAUGGAAGGAAUAUUGUCUAGUGCUUGGAUUAAGAAUUGGGUCUGUCUCUGCCUCCACCUGACCUGCUGUCCAGUUGUGGGGAAAAUCACUUAACUUCAGUCCUUCAUACAUCUUCCAGUUGGAAAACAGGCAUGAUCUCUAACCUUUCUUGCAAGGGUGAUGUGAAGGUUCAGUAAUCACGGGUUGGAAGGUAUCUGGAGAUCAGAUGCAGUGCAAGUUGCCAUGGAGCUGCAGCACAGUGGACAGCCCGGGGAACGCAUUUCCAUGUCUUCCCAUAUCACCUCUGAAAAGCAUCCAGGAAGUUUGGUUGGAUCUGCAGAGAAGCCUCCCCGCAUGCACAUGCUCAAUAUAGCUGUAAAGGAUGGUUCAAACUGCAAGUGAGCAACCCAUCCUGUCUGUUUGAGUUCAACAAAGGGUCCCUGUCACCAUCUGAAGCUGAUUUGUUUCUGAACCCUGUGAAGAAGCCCCUGCUCUGUUCAGCUUUCAGGGGAGCUGUGUUGGAAUGAUGUGACUGGAACAGGCAAUGACCAAGGAACCCACAGAAGAGAGAAUGGAGUUCUUACAGGCUGAGAAGAUGGUGGCUGGUGGGAG